AUGAUUAGCUUUGAUGACAAAGCUUACAUCAGACCAGGAAGUGAUCUAGGAGCCCGUGAUGUCAAGAAGGGGGUGAUAUAUGAUGUUGUUUCUGACCCUUCAAAAGAAAAACAACUUCCCCAACAUGAUUUUUCUGAAUCAAAGGUUUAUCAAACGCCAUCUUCCUUUCAGUUUAUCAAGGGGACAGUUGAAGACAUCAAAGAUGAGCAAAAGUUUGUUCAUGAGGAAGAUCAAACUAUUGUCACUGUACGUCCUAAAAGGUAUAUUGGAAGUUCAGGAAGUGUUUGGACAUCAAAUCAACUCCACAUUAAAUGGGAGGUUCCUCAGUUUUUCGAGCAAUCAGUGGAAUCAGCGUAUGUGUAUCCAUUGGCCUUACGGAAAUUUUGCCAUUGUGUGCAUGAUAUAUUGUUCUAUUUUCAAGAUUGCACCAUGAAAAACGAUGUCAUGUGUGUAAUAGCUUCCCCAGGUUGCAUGUUUAAAGCGUAUGAAAUGAAAAAGCUUCGUUGGUUGAAAAUGCAGCUAUCUGAAGCAGCAAGUUAAUCAUUCCAAGAGGGGAAAGCUCAUUAAUGCUAAAGACAUUGCAAUUGGAACGGCGCUCCUUGGCCAUAUCAAUGGAAUUCACGAAUUGAAUGACAAAGUUGAUGGGGACACCACAGAAAAUGCAAAUUGUCUUUGGGCACAUCUAGAGAAAGUUAAUGUCCUCUGCAAGACAGCAAUCACAUUCAUUGGAAGCCUACAAUUGCCACCACUUUGCGACUACAUUCUUCAAGCAACUGAUGCUGGACCAGGUGUUGGUGUUUCUAACAUAGAGGUGAAGUACAGAGACGUUGAGAUAUCAAGAAUUAAUGAAUGGAUGCACAUGAAAAGGAUUCACAGGGCGCCUCACGACUCAGGCCAAAAUGAGGCUGAGCGUUCCAAUGCUGCCCAUUGGUGAAGCUUUGGUUGACGGCAGAGCAUUAAAGUGGGAAUAUUUUAAGCCAACAGAUAUCAUGUAUGAGGACGAAUUUAAGAAACUCACUGUUGCUGAGGUCAAGAAGCUUGAGGCAGAAACGAUGGAGCGUAACGCAUGGAAGGUUUCAGAGGAGGUUGUGUCAAGAAUUGAUGGUGAGCCUGGUCCUGCAUGGGACUGCAUGAAAGCGUUUGUAACAAAAAAGAAUGACCAGCAGUUCUUUUUUAACACUGAAUACCUGCAUAAAUAUAAUGCUGGAAAAUCAGAAAAGAAGAAAGUUCAAGUCCCUGGGCACCACUACUUCAAAAAAAUCGAUAGCAUUAUUGCAACAUGCACAAGUUCUAGAGAAAUGUUUCAUGAGUACUGUGUUGACCAGCCAGUGCCUCCAACUCCUCGUCCAGUUCCAGACAUCACCAAGCUCCCAAAGUUCCACUACUUACCUCUCGAAGAUACACCAAUAAGAAAGGAAAAUGGUAAUAGAAGGGAGGUAGAUGAUUUCCACCCUAGAGCACGCUUGAGAGCACUUCAUAAAGAGAAAGCAAUCAAUGUAGAGGAUGCUUUAAGUGUUAAAGCCUUCUGUAACAAAUACAUUGUCGAGGAGAACCUUGUAAAGUCAUACCUAGAGCAUCUAAACCAUCUAGAAAUGAUGAAUGAUAAGAAAACUGAAAUGAGAGACAAAAACUUACAAGAAAACAACAUGUCUUGUGAAGAUUUUGACUGGCAGAAAAUGUUCAACAAGGGGGACCUUGGCAAAACAGCGUGUUUGCAUACUUGGCAA